AAAAAAACUUUUAUUGACACUUCAAAUUGCAAUGAAUAAAAUUGGGCAUCAUUCACUUAUGAGGUACAACAUAUAUUAUAUGGAUGUUGUGACAUUUCGAUCAAUGGAUUGUUUAGAUUUUAAAGCAGCUGAGAUUAAAGUUGAGGUUAAUAACCUAUUUUUGAGGAACGUCAUAUGUGAACGAACCGAUAAAACCUUAACUAUUUAGUCGACGAAAAUAUUUUGUGCUGUGACAGUCCAAAAAGUUAAAGCAUAAAUAUUUUUCGCUCCAUUUACUUUAUAUUAACAGUGCUGCAUCGAUUCUCCGGUGGCUCUGCAUUUUAUAAGUUUAAAAAUAACAAAAGAUAGUUUGGAAUAAGUUUCAGAUUUCAAAGUAAAGUUUUGAAAUUGUGAACUGAACAUUUUGUUUGGUGUCACGGCAAGUUAUGGAUCACGAUGCAGUUUUGGAAGAAAUUGGUGGUUUUGGAAAAUAUCAAAUCAAAAUUUUGCUGUUUCUACUUCUUCCAGUGAUAUUUUCAUCUGCUAAUACAGUAGCUUACAUAUUUAUAGCGCGAGCACCUCCUUAUAGAUGCUAUAUUGAUCAAUGUGAACAGUUCGAAAGUGCAACGUAUGAUCAAGAUUGGCUACAAUAUGCAGUGCCGGGUUCAAUUUCAAGUGGAAAAUUUGUACCUGAAGGAUGCUUUAAAUAUAGCUACAAUGAUAUAGCAAUAACUGGAAACAACACUUGUCAAGCAAAUUUAUUCAGUCAACAAAUCAUAAAGUGCGAUAGCUGGAUAUUUGAUGAAAAUGAAGUCACAAUGAUAAAUGACUGGCCUAGUGAGAUGACAUGUACUGAAAAUGAAUGGAAGCUUGCCUUAAUUGGAACCUCAAAUUUUGCUGGUGUUAUGAUGGGAUCUGCAGUAUUUGGGCUUAUUGCAGAUUUAUAUGGAAGACAACCAACUUUCAUUUUUGCAAACAUUUUUAUGGUAUUUACAGGAAUUGGCCAAGCACUUUCUAUCUCCUAUACGAUGUUAUUUAUAUUUACACUUCUAAAUUCAGCUGGAACAACUGGAGUUUAUUUUUCUGUGUUUGUUCUGAUCAUUGAAAUGCUUGAUAAAAAGAAGCGUGAGUUGUCUUCAGUACUCUUGAAUUACAUGUUUGCCAUUGGUGGAGUAAUGGCGGGAGUGAUUGUAUAUUUUGAAAGAAACUGGAGGCAUUUAACAUUGUGGAUAGCAGCUCCGCCAAUCAUUUUCAUUUUUGAGUAUUGGUUUGUUCCUGAAUCUUUGUGUUGGCUUUUAUCAAACAAAUUAUAUUCCCGUGCUUAUAAAAUAGUUCAAAAAGCAGCUAAAGAUAAUAAGAAGGAACUCUCAGCCAACAUCAUUAAUCAAUUUGAGACACAAAAUGGCUUUAAAGCUUCAGAACUACAAGAAUCUCAAGCACUUAAAAAAAGAUCUAAGACAAAUUAUAUUGAACUAUUAAAAUCAAAGAUUCUUCUGAUCCGAAUUCUUGUUCUGUGCUUCAUAUGGAGCACUAAUACACUCGUUUUUUAUGGACUUUCACUUUACUCUGUCAGUUUGAGUGGAAACAUUUACUUCAACUUUAUAUUUGGAAGCCUGAUAGAAAUUCCAGGAACAACCAUAGCUUGGAUUGUAAUGAACAAAAUUGGUCGUCGAUAUUCAUUAGUGAUAUCAUUUUUAAUCUGUGGAAUUGGAAGUGUUGUUGGAGCUUUUGUCGAUGCUGAGAUAGUGUGGCUUCAAGUUUGUUCAUUUUUGAUCAGCAAAAUGGCAAUAUCAACAGCUUUUACAAUUACUUGUGUUUAUACUGCUGAGAUGAUGCCAACAAACACAAGAAGUGGAUGCGUUGGAGCAUUCUCAACUAUAUCACGUCUAUCAUCUCUUCUCGCACCGUUUGUACCACUACUUAAAAAUUACUACAGCUUCCUUCCGUUGCUGGUUUUUGGAUCUUUUCCAUUAGCAGCUGGAUGUCUUUCUCUGUUACUUCCAGAAACUCUUGGUUCAAGCUUACCUGACACAAUUAUUGAAGCUGAAAAUAUAGGAAUAUGAUUAGUCACUUUUACAUUAAAUAUUUUGCUCUUCUUUUUUUAAUAAGCGUGUUAAUUCAAUUUGAAAUUUCCCACUUGGCACAAGACGCGCACAUCUUCUAUUGAAUGAAUCAUUUCACAAAACACGUGGUUUUGUGACACAUUUUCAAGUUUGUAACCACAACAAUUGCACACAAAAGUGCAUAAUAAAUUUUUAAGUAUGAGUUUGAC